CUCGAAGAUUCAACAGUUUAUGCUCCACUAAUAACUGUAGUCUUGUUACUUCUGUUAGAACCCGUGUUUCAAAUAUAUCAUUUGAUAAAGCAUCAUAAAUAAAAAUUUGUUACAAUCUUGCUAAGGCAAUCUACAUCUGAUGAUAGAAAACAUAUAUUUAAACGGUAAAUGUACAGAAAAAUUACAUUUUCGGUGAUAAUCAUGUCAGCAAACUUACGCUGUCUACUACCUUGUGAUACAUGUACCAUCAGGAACGAAACGUCCAGCAGCAGUGGUAUCGACCAGGUUCUGGCAAAAUUCUUCAUAGAUAUCAGGCUUAUAAUUUAGUAAGCCAGAAGCGCGCUUCGACUUCAAAAGACUCGAAUGGUCACUGAAAAAUAAAACUAGAGGCUCUAAAGAGCCUGUGUCGCUCACCUUGGUCUGUGUGCAUAUUUAACAAAGGACACUCUCCAACAUUGUAGACGAGAAUAGAAUUCAUGAAAGAAAUCUCUGUUUUAUUGAUCUUGUAUUACUGAUCAGUUAGUCUGUUUAGUUUCUCUCUAUCUUCUUUAUUUUUUGCUCAAAACACAAAAGAAGGUAAAAAAAAUCCUUAUUUAAGGGCCAUCACUCCUAUAAAGAGUGACAGUCUACUAACUAUAUCGGCAAAAUUUAACUUGUUAUUAAAUCUUACCUUGCUGAUCAUUAUUGUGAUUUAAAGUUUCUAUUUAUCUAUUAUAAUUUUUAUCAUAUUAGGCAAAACGCAAAACAAAUGGUAAAGAUAGUCAUUAAAUGGCAAUAACGCCAAUAAGGAGUCAUCGGACGAUUUCUUCGAAAUUGUUUUAAUUGUAGAUCUUGUCUUGCUGAUCAUUUUUGGCUUAUUUAAGUUUCUAUCUAUCUAUUAUAAUUUUUAAUAUAUAAGGCAAAAAAGCAAAACAUUGGAAAAACGUCAUCAAAGGACAAUAACUCUAAUACUAAAGAAGUUUACUGACGAUUUCGACCAUGACGACUUAUAUGUGGAACUUGUCUUGCUGAUCAUUUUUCCAAUUUAAAGUUUCUCUCUUUUUAUCAUAGUUUUCAAGACAAUAGGAAAAAAAGAAAAAAAAUGGUAAAAUUUGUCAUUCAAUGGCAAUUACUCCUAUAAGAAGUUGUCUGACAGUUUUGACGUAUAUGGACAAUUGGAAGAGCUCAACAUUCGGAACAUUUUUACUCCAUCAGAUUUUCUCUAUUUAUAAAGGUUUUCAAAUUAAUAGACAAAACUUGCAUUUUACCCCUAUGUUCUAUUUUUAGCCACGUCGGUCAUCUUGGUUGGCAGGCGGAGUCAUAGGACACAUUUUUUAAACUAGAUACCGCAAUGAUGAUUGUGGCCAAGUUUGGUUAAAUUUGGCCCAGUAGUUUCAGAGGAGAAGAUUUUUGUAAAAGUUAACGACGACGACGGACGACGGACGCCAAGUGAUGAGAAAAGUAGAAUAUCACACUGAAAACUACAACAAACGCAAGUGGUGCCCGUAGUGUUAAACAUGACAAGAGCAAAAUUUAUAAUAACUAGCAUUUGGUGAUGUCGCAAUCGUGUAAUAGAUGUCAGGAUUAUGGCCACAACAAGUGAGGCAUAUCCAUAGUCGUCUGUGACACAGAUAUUCCAUAGCUGUCAAUCAAAAAAAUGAUGGCGUCCGCAAAACGUUCUAUAUGAUGGCUUCAAUUUUACCAUUUAAAACUAAUGGCUUCCUUGUUACAAUCAACCCGGUAUCAAGAAAAUCGCGAUAGGAAACUCGAAUCAACUGAGAUAUAUAUGUACAUCAUGUGCUAUGCAGGCGCUGCCGGAAUUGAAUAUAAAAAUUUGAAACUUGAAAGUAUCUCUUUUGUAAUUUUGUAAUUAUAAAACAUUACUUAUUCUAUUACCCAUGGAUUCGUGUAAGUUGUUUAAACCUUGUUAUAUAAUGUAUAAGUAAAUGUGAACGUCCCUAACCAUGCUAACGAAACUCAUCAUACCAAAAUAUAAAACAAGAGACUGUUACGUAGAGAAAUGACACGUACAAACAAUUUCAAAUAUGAAAUAUCAGAAACUAGAACGCAUAAAAACUAUUGCAAAAGCUAGAAGAGUCUUUUUGAAAGACAUAUAUGCACCGGAACUGUAAGCAACUUUUGAUUCAUUAAUUAUACCUGUAUGGCACAUUAGAAGUAAAAAUCCGAUGUGAAAUAAAUGUGUGUCUGAUACAUCAACAUGGAAUAUACUAAUGUAUUGUGUAAAUUGCAAAAUGAUUCAAAUUCACUACAGUAAGUGCUUCAUUGUUUAAAUCAAUUUUCUUUGCAAAAUAAUGUAUCUAUUUUUCAUGUUAUUGACAACAAAGGCACUGAAGUAAAUAGUGUGAACGCAGAAGGACCGCCAACAGGUCUGGCAAGGCAGGGUUUAUCAAUCAGAAUGUCUUAAGGGCUAAAUACAGAUACAAGUUAAGGUUAGAAACAAAAACGGAGGGAAUCACAUGAACUCCGAAAGGAGAAAAGACCGGUUACUUCGACAGGAUGGGUGUUCAUUAUAUUACUAACUAUCUUUUGAUAUCUACAUUAUGCUUUGAAUGUAUUGAAAAGUCAAGCGUAAAACUAGAAGAUUGCAUAAAUGAAACAGAGAUAUUACAAAGAGCUGGCAAAUACCCUUGCCAUUUGCCAUUACGAUACCAUUAUAUAUGGAGUCCGUUUGAUGGAACUUAUGUUGAAAAAUGUUUUCGUGUGCAUACGAUUGAACAAGGAUACAUGCCAGUGAUUGAUCAUCAAUCUGGUAAUAUUAAUAAUGCUGAUUGUCCAGAAGAUACAUUUCAACCUAUACCAUACAAAUCUAACACACAGUGUGGGUGUGCCUUAAUGAAAUCAACAUGCAACGGUAUUGGCCAAGUAAUAUCUACCAAUGGAUCGACAGAUAAAGACCGAACUUGUCGCUGUGAUUACCUCAAAGGAUACACAUACGUGAAUAUGCCUGCUGAUAGAUGUAAUUGUAAACCAAAAGGAGAGAACUGUACAUGUAAAUUGAUGGAAUGUCCAAACGGAUCAAGACUAUCCCCUGACUACGUGUGUAUUAAAAAAGUCAGAUACCUGAAGACCAAUCAUAGUUGCCAAAUUCUUGUUGAACACAGAAUGAGUCGAGGAAAUGAAUCCAACCCAACAGAUGAAACAUUUCCAGAGGAUACAAAUAACUCUGUAAUAGGCAUUUUAAUAUGCAUUCUUUUAAGCAGCCUGGUUAGCUUUUCUUUAGGAGCCGUUGCUGGUGUAAACAAUUGGUUUUCUAAAAUCAGAGAGGUAAUAACCAAAUGCUAUAGAUCUAGAUGCAACACUGGAGGCAACCAUUCACAAACAUGCGACGAAGAAGAAAGACAUCCAUUGCAAGAUACAAAUGAACCCAAACAAGAAGAAAACGUGACACGCACGUCAAGCAAUUUUGUAGAUGACAUGGAAAAGACUACUGUAGUAAAUACAACAGAAAUAAAAGAAGAAUGCGGUGAGAUGUCAAUGACAAAAAAGCAGCUGCCAUCCAGGAGAGAUGUAGAUGUUAAUGUGCAGUAUGAAACCAAGUACCAAGAUGAACAGUCCAUGGAAAACAAACAGCGAAGAAGUUCUUUGCCAUCAAGUCCGAUAGUUGAUGUGCAUUCUAAAACCAAAUACCUAGGAGUUGUAAGAGGGAACAUGUCUGUGGAAUUAUAUGUUGCUAUAUUGAAUAUUGAUAAAGACAAAGAUGAUGCAGAGCAAUAUAGAAAUCACCUAAGUCAAUCCUUUGGAAAUGAAAAUAUCCAUAUCAGACUUCUUGGAAAAACUAUGAAUUCCAAGGACAAAUUGAAAGACAUGCUGGAACCCUGUCGUCAUAUAUUUAUUUUUGUGUCGGACAAUUUUACAAUAGACAAAUUUAAGGAAGAAAUUGAUUUUAAACAUUUACAAGACAAGUUUUUGAAUGACUCAUUUAACAUAGAGCGUGUCAAAGUUGUUUAUACUGAUUUAAGUAAAAUUCCAAAAGAGUUGUUUGCGUUAAAUACAGUACCGUAUACUGCUGAGAGCAUAAACAAUGGAACUUAUAUUGCCAGGAUGAAGUACUACUUCUCUACGAUUCGAAAAGAUUUAAAAUAACGUCAUAUUUGUAUAUUUAUUUUAGCUGUUUAACUUAAGCUAUGUUUACACAGAAAGGCGCAUUUUUUUUAUCAGAAUUUUAAUUUAAAACGUAUUUGGUUUUGAUAUAUUUAUCUGUGUUGUUCAUACUAAUAAAUCUAAUCAUUUUAAAAUUUGUCUCUCCAUAACGAUAUUUUCGAUUGUUAAUUUUUUUUGAAUAUUGGAAAUAGGGCUAAAAUAAAAGCACAAAUUUCGGACAGAAAGUGUUUAAGAUUUUCUUAAUCCUAUUUGCAUAUUAAUGAAAUGCUGGAGUGAAAAAGGAUUCUAUUAAAUGCUUAAUUAAAAAAAAAUGCUAUGUUUUAUUAUAUACCUUUGAUAGUAAAGUCAAGUUACAAAUAUACUGUUGACUAUUUUAGUGUUAUUGACAAAUUCAUAUCAGAGUCAAACUAUUAAUUAUAAAGCUCCUAAUAAGAAAUUAUAUUUUAUGUAAAAGACAAAUUAAGAACACCAGAUUUCUCAAGUCAUUUUAACACCAAAAAGAAAUUGAUAAGAAUGUAUUCUACAAACUGCGCUAUACUGGAAUUUCUGUUUAUCUAUUAAACUUGCAAAAGUUUUGUGAAUGUUAAAUGAUUUUUACUGCUAACUUUGUUUUAGAAUCAAUGUGUAACAAUUAUCAAUGGUUUGUAGAUUUUCACCUUUGCAGGGUAGUAUAUAGAAAGACUUAUUUAUCUACCGUAGAUGUAUUUUAAUACUAGUACUUAUAUUGCAAUAAUUAUGGUUAUUUGGCCUUUGUCAGGAACUGUUACAUUUUUCGGUAACACACACUUAAAAUGGUUAAAGUUAUUUUCCAAUUGCAUAUAGAUCAUACGAUUAGCAGAAUUUGCUAUGUUUGAAUGUUUGCUCAAGCAUUGUAAUUAUAAUAGACAUUUGAAGGCAGAGUUUCAGUCUAAAUAAGAUUAGAUAGGACAAUUGAUAUGAUGUAACGUAAACACCACAAAUGUUUUUGUUAUUGAUCUAAAGGUUGGAUUUUACAGAAUAUUGGAAAAAAGAAAAUUACUCAUAAUGUUCAAUAAAAAUAUUUUUUAAUGAAAAUGUCCACGAUAUAUUACCAAGAAUUUUUUUAUUAACUCUUGAGUUUCUUCUAUUCUCAUAUUGUUUUUAGAGUCAGGAGAUUAAAUCGUAAACUCAUUAGUCGAUACGUUACUCUUGAAAUUCAAUCAUUUACAAAAAACGUAAUGACAUUCAAAUUGUUUGCAGAAUAAGAAUAGGAAUAUAUAAGAAUAAGAAUAUUUUAUUGAAUCCAAUUAAAGGGUCCGUUUCCGAGCAUAUACAUAUAUAUAUAUAGUAUUAAUUAUACAGUUACUUUUAAGAUAUGUUGCAUUGCAAAUAAAUGAAUAAAUAACUAUACUCCAUA